AGCAGACUAUUUAUAUCUGCAUGCUCUAAUCCUGAACUACCUUUCGAAUAAUUGUUUUAAAAUGCACUUAAAAUACGGUCAAUCACUUGCCUUUGGUUUAGAUGAAUUUUUUGUUUCAGUAAUUUCCGUUGUGACAUACCUUUUAACAGAGUCACACUGUCAGUAAGGGAAAACAAAGUCCAGCUGACUGUCUACUCAGCAAUGGCUGAGAGUUUGUUACGAUUCUUUUCCGUCGCAUUCUAUAAUUGGACUCCACACACCCUCAGACGACCAACCAGGCAGCUCUGAGAUCCUAUGGGUGUCCAGGGUCUGACCACCUAUGUGGAGGGGAACAGAAACUUUCUACAAGAUGUGAAGUUCAGGGACAGUCGCCUGGUUAUUGAUGGCUGCAGUCUGUAUUUCCGUCUCUAUUUUACCCACGGUUUGGACCAGCAGCAUGGAGGGGACUAUGAUGCUUUCACUUGCCUGCUCAACCAGUUCCUCUCUGCGUUGGCAGCCUGUAACAUCCAGCCAUAUGUGGUACUGGAUGGAGGGAUUGAUCCCAGUGACAAGAAGUUUCCCACCCUGCGGCAGCGUCUGCAGUCCAAGAUAAGGGAGGCGGACAGUCUGUCUCGCGGCUGCAAUGGCUCUGUUCUCCCCAUCCUCACAAGGGACGUUUUCAUUCAGGUCCUCAGCCAGAGAGGAGUCCCGCUGGUCCAGUGUCCAGCUGAGGCUGAUUGGGAAAUAGCAUGUUUAGCUCAUCAGUGGAACUGCCCAGUUCUGACCAAUGACAGUGACUUUUAUAUCUUUGACCUGCCAGGUGGUUACCUGCCACUCAGUUUUUUCCAGUGGACCAACCUUAACGGUAAAGCCUCUCACCGCUAUAUCUCGGCUCGGUGUUACACCACUAACGGGCUGUGUCGCUGGUUUGGGGGCAUGAACCAGGAGUUGCUACCCUUAUGUGCCGUCCUGACCGGUAAUGAUUAUGGCGCUCCAAAAGAUGCUGACACACUUCUGGGUCUGUUAGAUGUGAGUGCAUUAGGGAGAGGUGGUGGCAGGGGUAAAGGGAAAGCACCCAUGUCCCGGAUUGAGGGUCUCCUCCUCUGGCUGUCCUCUUUUUCAAGUCCAGCGGAGGCCCUGGAGGAGGUGAGCAGGCUAAUGGGGGAGGAACGCAGAGGUGGAGGCGGUAGGGGCAAGAAAGGACAGAUAGGUGGGCUCAGUUCACAGCUGUGGGCAGGUAUGCAGGAGUACCACAUCACCCCUCAAAGCUCUCUGGCUCGCUGGUUCUCUGGAGAUAAGGUAGCUCCUGGAGGGUGGACCUCUGGGCUCGCACAGCUGCCAGAGUGCCUGUCGCAGGCUGCAGCGCAGGGACAGUUAGCUCCCUUGGUGGUAGAUGCUAUGGUGAUGCGCAGAGUUCUGCUCCUCCCACAGGUGGAGAACAGCAAGCUAGCCAGCAGCCACUACAUCGCCAGAUUCAUACGCCAGGCUGUAUAUGGAAUAUUACUGCAGAGAGGCCAAGAUGUCCAAGCACGGGAUGUGAGGGUACAAGAAAACAUCAGCCAGGGUACGAGAGGUGGGAGAGGGCGAGGGGGAAGGGGGUACAGAGGUGCUCAGGUUGGUGGAGGUAGGGGUGUAAAUGUAGGAUUUAACAUUGAACACGCAGCCGUCGCAGGUACAGUGCAGGCUCAGGGCUCAGGUGCCCUCGUGUGUGUAGAGGAGUAUGACCGUCUGGAUGUGAACUUGAAGAAAAACCAGGUAGAGGCACAUCCCCCCAGAACCCCCCUACGUCUGGAUACACUCAGCCAGGCUCCUGUGGCAGUUCGUCUUGGUGUCCUGUUCGAAGUCUUGGGGAUGAAGGAGUCCACCCUGACUUCUGUUCCUCUCCACCUGAGGCUGGCAGUAGCAGUGACAGGUUUCUGGCUGCGAGAGGCCAUACCAACACCCUCACGGCCCCAGCUCCAAGCUUUGGUGCUGGGCAUGGUUUAUGGAGAGAUGUCCUGGAACAACCAGCCUGGAGUCCCGCAGCUAAACUGGGCCGCAGAGCGCCAUGUGUUGGCAGGGUUGGAUAGACAACGUGUGAGGCCAGGAGAGAGACGGGGCUUGGAUGUCGGAGUGGCUCACAGUUUCAGCCAAUGGCAGGCCUGCCUCUGGAGCACCCUGUGUCUCAAUCAACUAUUGCUGCUGCCUCUACCUGAACCCCAGCUAUCGUGGUUGUACAGCGGCACCUUGGUGCAUGGCCUCAUCAAGUAUCUGAAAGGGGGUCGAGCUGCUGAAUCCCUCCUGGCCGGGGGUUCUUUGUCCGGACAACUCUACGUCUCGCUGCUGGAAGCCGUGUGGAACUGCAGCUCCAAAACCCAUCACUCCUCUUCAGCAGCAGGGAGGAGGAAGAGAGGUGGAGGCCGGGGAAGGAGAGGAAGAGGGGGAGGUGGGAGAGGAGCAAGGGGAGGGGGGAGAGGGACUGGGGAGAUAAACAACAGGUUUGCUUUCCUGAUGGUCAAUGAAGAGUUUGAUGAUUGGUGAGGAGGCAAAAUGAAUAGAUCGAUAUACAGAACUUGCUUAGGGCCAAAUGAGAGGGGACAUUCCAGUGUUUUAGUAAACACCCUCAGGGGAUGCUGCAGUCAUUGUGAAGUAAAGAACUACAUCUUUUAACGUUUACCACUUCUUCUGCCUUUAUAAUUGUAUUACACUAUUUAACCUUCCUCACUAUUAUUAACUGGCCGUCUCAAGUCAAGUGAUGUCAAGACAUCAGAGAUCAGUUUUCCCAAAGCACACGCUUGCCAUAUUUUAGCAUAUAUGAAAGCUUUUAUUAAAUUAAGAUCACUGUAAUUAAUGCAACUGUUUUCAGCCUGACAGUUUUAUUCUGUUACAUCAACACAAGAUUUAAACAGUGAAUGUAGAGAUGUCUUAUUUUAUCAUCUCUGUUGACCAGCGAGAUGUAUGGCAGCUAAUGGCACCUUGAUGACAAACGUAUGAUUAUGUAAUUUUUAUAUUUGCCUUACUGCUUAUGUAUUUGGUGCUCGAUUUUACUUGCCUUUCUAUAUUAAAAAAAUUCAUGAAUCAAACA